AUAAUAAAGUAUCGUGGUUGCGUUGUUAGAAAAACAAAGGAAAAGCAAAAAACGUAGCUGGAAUUGAAUUUGAUGUUAUGUUAGAUCGCAGCGAACAACAAAUACUUUGAAUUCAAGUAACAUCUCAACUCCUGUUACAACACAACCAUCAUGCAAACCCAAAGAUCUCUCAGAAACCCUUUCCUCUUUGCCUUGAUCUCUUUCUAUCUGCAAUUUCUUUCUGGCCUAGCCGACAACUCAUCUGAUUCCAAAAAUGAAAAUAAAGAUGCAAGUGAACAUGUUUCAAGUGGUUCUUCUACUGGUCUCAAGAUACUUAUUGUAUUCCUCGGUGUGGUAGCAGUCAUAGCAUUCAGUGUUUUUCUUUUUAAAUUAUGGCAAAGGAAGAAGAGAGAAGAACAACAUGCUCGUCUUUUGAAGCUGUUUGAAGAUGACGAUGAACUUGAGGUUGAACUUGGUAUGAGGGAUUAACAACUUAUCUCAUUCAUUCACACUAGAAAAUUUGCACAUCGACAAGACCAUGCUCUUUUUUCAUUCAAACUCCAGUACAUGUAAUUUUGAAAAGUCUGAAUUCGCCGUUAGCUUGUCACCAGUUUGUUCCUCUCAUGAUUUAGCAAGGGAGAUUUAGGCCAUUUUGAUCACUUAUUGAUGAGAACAGCUUGAAGCACUUUAUAUUUUAUCAUUGUAUAAUCAUUUUGUAAAUCAUAUAUGUUGAUUCUAUUCUACUUAAUAAGAGGAUAUCAAUCAAAAGUUUGUCUAA